AUGGGUCACGGUGGACGCUCCUACCUGGGCCUUCGAGGCACCAGACUCAACAUUGCAAUCGGUGUGAUUGCCGGCCUGGAUUUCCUUCUCUUUGGUUAUGACCAAGGUGUCAUGGGUGGUCUUUUAACGUUGGACUCCUUCAUUGCACAGUUUCCUGAUCUCGAUACCUCAUCAGACUCAUUUAAAGCGCUGAGCUCAUCUGCACAGAUGCAUCGAUCCAACAUUGAGGGAACCGCUGUUUCCGCCUACAACGUCGGAUGUUUCUUCGGUUCAAUCAUCUGCAUCUUUAUUGGUGACCGUCUCGGUCGUCGCAAAACCAUCUUCCUGGGCUCUUUUAUCAUGGUUAUCGGCGCCACUCUGCAAUGCGCCUCCUUCAGCCUUGCUCAGUUUAUUGUCGGCCGUAUCGUGACCGGUAUCGGUAAUGGAUUGAAUACAUCAACCGUCCCUACAUGGCAAUCCGAAUGUUCCAAGUCUCAUCGUCGUGGUCAAUUGGUCAUGGUCGAAGGUUCGCUGAUUACCGGCGGUAUCUGUCUCAGUUACUGGCUAGACUUUGGUUUCUCAUUCCUUGACCCCAACUCGGUCUCAUGGCGAUUCCCGAUUGCAUUCCAGAUCUUCAUUGCCUUGAUAAUUUUGGCAUUUGUCAUGUCCUUGCCCGAGUCUCCUCGAUGGCUCAUCUUCCAGGGCCGCGAAGAUGAGGCCACCGAUGUCUUGAGUGCUUUGCUCGACACCAGCCGUGAGGACACCCUUGUCGAGAACGAAUUCACUGCUAUCAAGGAUACCGUCUUGGAAGCACAAAACACCAGCUGGCGCGAUCUGUUCACCAUGGACGAGAACCGUCACUUCCACCGUGUCGUCCUUGCCUACGUCAACCAGAUGUUCCAGCAGAUUUCCGGUAUUAACUUGAUUACUUACUACGCUGCUACCAUCUACCAGAACAGUAUAGGUCUCUCUGGAUUCCUGUCUCGUAUCCUAGCCGCUUGCAACGGUACCGAAUAUUUCAUAGCUUCCUGGCUACCCAUUUUCAUCAUCGAAAAGGCUGGUCGUCGACCAUUGAUGCUGAUCGGAGCUGCAGGCAUGUCUCUAUCUAUGGUCGUCUUGUCUAUUAGCACCAGUUUCGUGGGUCAAACCAAACCCGGUAUUGUAGCUGCCGUCUUCUUGUUCGUCUUCAACACCUUCUUUGCCUGGGGUUGGCUGGGAAUGACGUGGUUGUACCCUGCCGAAAUUGUGCCGCUACGUAUUCGUGCCCCUGCCAAUGCGUUGGCCACCUCAGCCAACUGGGCGUUCAACUUUAUGGUUGUCAUGAUUACCCCCGUUGCUUUCCAGACCAUUGGUUAUCAGACCUAUAUCAUUUUUGCCGUCAUUAACGCCUUUAUCUUCCCCGUCGUCUACUUCUUCUACCCCGAAACAGCGUAUCGCUCCCUGGAAGAAAUGGACACAAUCUUCCACAAGACCAAAUCCAUCUGGUCUUUGGUGCGGAUUGCACGCGACGAGCCGCGACGCUACGGCAAGAAUGGAGAGUUGCUCAUCAACUAUACCCAAACAGACGAGCACUUCCAUCACGUCGGUGGUAUCGCUGAUGUGGAGAAGCGCGUUAGCAACAAAGAUCAUGCCAACCCUCCGUAUCAUAUUGAGAACGGUGAUGCGGGACAUAUUUCAGAGUCGAGCUAA